AUGGAACAUGGCAUCAUAAAGCGCCAGAAGCAUUUGCACGGGGAGCAAAAUAAGGUCUCGAUUGAUGAUAGGCUUAGCGAUUUGCCGGAUUCGGUCCUCUGCCGCAUCCUCUCUUUUCUCCGGACAAAAGUUUCCGUAAGAACCAGCAUCCUAGCUAAAAGAUGGAGGUACGUCUGGUCUUACGUCCCCGAUUUAUAUUUCCGGAACGACAAACAGUAUGCCAUAACUCGCGUCUUAAUGCUACGUAAAGUGCAAUACAUUACUACUUUUCGCCUCGUCGAUGGAGAUGGAGAUGGCUGCAUCUUCUUCAAAGAAAAUAAGGAAAAACACGAAACCGACCUCGACAAAUACCUAACUGAUACAUGGAUUACCUUUGUCGUCGAGCGCAAUGUGAAAAGGCUUCAUCUUUCUUUUCGUUCUCGCGAUCGCGAUCACGAUCAUGUAAUACCUUGUUUACCUGUAUGCCUCUUCACCUGCAAAACCCUAGUUGAUUUGAAGCUGGAAUCCUGUGGUGUCAUCCCCACGAGAGUUACCGUGUGUUUGCCUCGACUCAAGAAGCUUCAUCUAUUGUUCGUUCGAUAUGAAGCUGAUGAGUCCAUUCCCCACCUGCUUUCCGGCUGCCCUGUUCUCGAGGAUUUGCGAAUCGAAUUAUACCCGAGUAUAGUUUACUGCCACGUAUCUUCACCUACGGUGAAAAGGCUCGUGCUCAAUUUUAUAGAAGCGAGCUGCGGUGGCAGAGCUGACAGGCUCGAGAUAAAUACCCCAUCGGUUGAAUACCUCGAGAUACGUGAUUAUUUCACGGAGCAUAUCGAAUGUGGGGCGGCGCUAACAUCCUUAACUGAAGCAGAUAUCUGUUUCGAGGACGAUUCUUAUGUCAAACAAGAUUAUUUUUAUUAUUCGCAAUCGCUGCUGAAAUUUUUCGAUACUCUUUGCAACGUCGAGCGCCUAAAAUUAGAUGUAUCGGAUUGUCCAGAGAUUAUUGAUUCAGUACUCUCUGCUUGGACUACAAGUUUCCGUAACUUAACCAAACUCGAUUUGAAAGCCGAUUGUCGUGUUCUCGCAAAGUUUCUCGAAAACGCUGAUAAUCUUGAAAUCCUUAGGUUCUUUGAGGAGUAUAACGACGAUGAAGAAAGAAGUGAAGAAAGAAAAGGGUGGAAGGAACGACCGCAACAAGUGGCCGCGUGUCUAUUAUCACAUCUUAGAAUCGUAAAGCUCGUUAACAUCAGAGGCGAAAAGCACGAGUUGGAAAUUAUAAAUUAUCUUUUGAGGAAUGCUAAAGUCUUGGAGAGGAUGGAAAUAUCGUAUCCCGAAUCCUUUGGAUCCAACAAAGAGAUUAAUAUGCUAAAGAAUAUCUCACUUUUCCACCGAGGAUCCGCAGUUUGUGAAGUUGCGUUCGGUGGUUCUUGUUGGUGGUAA